AUGAAGCUAAUUAUAACGCAUAUCGAUUUGGUACAUCUAAUUGUGGAAUCCAAUACGACCACGACAUUUGAAAGUGUCAGCGAAAAUGUUGAUCGUCUAAACAAAACCACGUCUACGCCAGUAUCCACAAAUUCCAAAGAACAAAUACAAACAACGACCGACCACAAAGUACCAUCCACAACCGAUUUUAAAAGCAACAAAGACAUAUAUGUUCAAAAGUACAAUACAACUACUAGGGCAGAUGCUAAAAGCAUCAAAGUACCAACCACAACGGGUGAAAAAGGGGUUUUUGUACCAACCAUCGAAAAGGACGAUACAAACAGUAACCAGGAUAGUCAGGUACUAACUACAACACUUCUUGGUGUAGCCUCAACGCCUUCAUCAAAAUCAUCAAGAUGUUUUAUUCUGAGAGAAUUCGGGACAUGGGAUUUCUUCUACAAGUACACACGGGAAGAAGUCAGACAGGUAUUAUGUAUCUGUAGAAAAAUAUGUGUACCACCACCACCAGCAUCUAAACCACCUGACUCCAAUUCAACAGAUGGAUCUUCAGAUGACGGCGAUGUUAAGAUCAAGGAAGAGGAUAGGAUGUCAUUUAUUGUUCUUACAACUAUUUACUCAAUACUCUUUACUCUAGGCGUUGUUGGUAAUAUCUUGACGAUUGUUGGAUUGUUAUUUUGGAUGAAGUCAAGGUCAGCAACUUUCUUACUGAUACUGAGUCUCGCUGCUUCAGAUUUACUUGUUGUAAUGGUGUGUCUACCUCUUAAGGAAAUGGAAUUUUUUCGUAUAUCUAACGUAUUAGAUGGAAUGGUUUGUAAAGCAGUUUAUUAUCUGAAAGACUUCAGCUUAGCGUGCUCCGUAUUGACCCUGACUGUUAUUAGUUUUGAAAGGUUCUAUGCUAUCUGUUACCCAUUGAAUGCACAGUUUCGAUGUAGUGUUAAAAGAGCCAUGGUUUUGAUCUUAAUUAUAUGGCUAGCAUCAGCACUGUUAGCUUCUCCUACAAUUUUUGCAAUGAAAAGUUACAUUAGUUCGUGGACAAAUUCAAAUUUGUGUCGCAGUAAUUUUGAUUAUCCAAUCCAUACAAAGUUGUAUUUCAUCUAUUAUUUAUUGAUAUUGUAUUGCAUUCCACUAAUGGUGAUGGUUUACACUUAUGGCAAGAGUGCUUUGACUCUGUGGAAAAGCGCCCAGAUUGUUCAGAAUAUGCAAGGCGACAACAAAAGAUCGAAACCAUCCCAGCCAGAGAGCUCCGGAUAUGAUUUAUCAUGCAGUGAGUCACAUACUAAUGACGAUUCCCAUGACAAAGAUAAGGAUAAGGAUAACGAAAAUGUUGCAAAUGCUAUAGACAAAAGAAAACAGGUUCUUAGGAUGUUGUUGUCGCUAUUGGUAGUAUUUGCUGUUUGUUGGGGCCCGACUUUGAUAAUCCAUGCAUUAUUAGCUUUUGGAUACCCCAUCUAUCAGCAUUAUAUAACCAGAUUAACAGCUGAUACAUUGGCAUUCUUCAAUAGUUGUCUCAAUCCCUACCUGUUUAUGUCUAUGUCGACUCAGUUCCGACGCACAGUCAGAAGAAAGCUGUGCUGUGAAUCUAAACUGGACAAACCAACGAAAUAUUGGUCCACUUUGAAGUACAGUGAAAGUUCAACCAGAGUCAGCACUGUAUCAGUUAAAUAUUAA